AAGAUGAAAAGGUAAUUCCAUCUUUCUUUGAACUCUUUCUCUCUCAUCUCUCUGUUUAUCACUAAGACCAAAGAGAGAGUCGAAUCAUGAACUUUUCUCUCUUUUCACUUUCUUCUCUUUCUUUUUGGCUUUUUUCGAAUCGAUAGUGAAAAAAUAGAGAACAAUUUUUCCUUCUCCUAUUCGAUUCUUCCAGUAAAAGCAUUUAGUAAAUAACCUUUAUCUGCCUCUUCUUCAUCUUCUUUCAUCUUCAUUUACUACUUGGUGUUUUUCUCUUUCCGGUUUUCAUCUUUAAUUAGUGAAUAGUGAUUAUCCGUCUGUUUACUUUCGAAAAUGAAAAUAAUGUCCAAAAGAGUUUCGAUUAUAAUUCCAUCGAAUUGAUCAUUUGUGAAAAUCAAAGAACCACAAUCAACAUAGUGAAGGAGAGGGAAGAAGACAGAGAAAGAGAAAGAGGAAAAUCCAUCGUGAUAAGUAUUCGCUCACCUCAAUUUGGAACCAGAAAAUCAGAACAAAAGUGCUACCAUAUUAAGAAGGAACCAAAUGAGAAUUGAUAAGAAAGAAUCGUAAAUUCUGAGUGACCAGUACAAUCAACUGGAGAAAAGAAAGAAAGAAGAUAAAGAGGAGAAAUUAAAUCCUUUUGCUUUCUCUUCUCUUCUCUUUCCUAAUACGUGUUCUCGCAUUUUCACUUCAUUCUAUUCUCUCUCCUUUUUAUCUUCUUCAUCAAUAUUCUUACUUUCUAAUCAUCACUCAUAAUCUUCAUCAUUCGAAUCAAUCUGAAUCGAGUUUAUCAAUUGAACAUCUUAAAUCAUCUUCUCACUUUUUCUUUCACUCUCAUCUUGUCUAAUUUAUUCAAUCUCUUGGUCACUAAUCGACUAUGAUGAUGGUCAAAAUGACCAGUAAACUUUUUCUUUUGUGAUAUUUUCCAUCAACUGUAAUCAAAAACAGAUCAACGAAACUCUGUGAACCCAUUACAACCUCAUUCGACCCUUGAACCUUUCGAACUUUCUUCUCUUUCAUUUCUACUUCUGUCAUUCUUUUCAGCCUUUCCCUCACUUUUUUCUCUUUCUUUUCUUUCGCUCUUUUCUUUUCUUACUUUUCGACAAAACUGCUUAUUCUUAUCCAUAAAUUCAUUUAUUUUGGAUUAAUAUCUUUCCUAUCGCGAUUCUGCUGUAUUGAAGUCAAUCGACUUGUAUACUCAGCAUUUCACGAUAGUUCAUCUUAAUCGGGCUAAAUCUCUUUGAGCUGAUAAAUUUCAACGCGGUCAAGUGAGUGGUGGCUUAUAUACAAGCCACUCAGCCUCGUAAGCCGGCAAAAUUGAUCAUCCAAGCGCUUAUCCUCAUCAUCGGAGGACUUUACCUAAAUCCAUCCAAAUGCAGAAAUCAAGCUUAAUCUCUGGAAACAUGUUGGAUAAUUGUUACGAUUCAAGAGGUUCUCUGGAUGACAUAACAGCCCAAACUCACCACCAACAAAGACGAAUGAUGGUAAUGAGUGAGAUUGAGGAACAAGAAAGAAAAAUAGUCGCUGAAUUUUGUCAUCUAUUGGAAAAAUCGAAGCAAUUGUUCAAUGGUUUAAGAGAUCUUCCUCAAUAUGGACACAAACAAUGGCAGCCGUACUUUGGCAGGACAUUUGAUGUCUACACUAAAUUGUGGAAAUUUCAACAACAACAUCGGCAAAUAUUAGAUGCCAAGUAUGGACUGAAGAGAUGGCAAAUCGGUGAAGUUGCCUCUAAAAUAGGACAAUUAUAUUAUCAUUAUUAUCUGAGAACAAGUGAAACCAAUUAUCUAAAUGAAGCCUAUUCCUUUUACUCGGCAAUCCGAUCCCGUGGUUAUUAUACUAAAGCCGUAAAAGAGGAAAGAUCUGACCUGAUGGUCAAGAAAUUGCGAUACUAUGCAAGGUUCAUAGUGGUCUGUCUUUUGCUCAAAAAGAUGAAACUAGUUCGUGAUCUUGUUCGAGAAUUGGCUAAACAUAUUGACGAUUAUACGAGUACGUAUGAGCCCGAUGACCCAUUAGAAUGGUCAGUUGUUCUCACCGAGAUAAAAUUGUUCAUUGAAUCUGAUAAUUUAGUUACCGUGUUGGAUGUUGAUAAUAUAACGGUGGUUUUGUCUUCUCGUUUGGGUCCUCACAAUACUCCUCCAAAGGAGCCUAUUCCUCAGACAGCUUUUCCACAAUUAACUCUUCAAGAGAUUUUAAUUGUUGGAAAUGUAUGUGAUCAAAUCAAGUUUAGUGAAUUGACUUUAGACAUGUUUAGAAUGCUUCAAGUUCUUGAGCGAGAACCUCAAGAAGACAUCAAUCAAUUGUACGAUACUUCACCCGCUCCUGGACGAAUGGCCACUUUCCCAGAAAAUGAUGAAAAUCGAGGUCAUAAAAGGGAAAAUCUUCACAAGUAUCUAUUAUUUAGACCAACUUUUAGUCAACUAUUUGUAUUUUUGGCCUCUGGUUUUAAAGAGCUGCCUCGCAAUGGUGUUUUACUAUUGUACUUAUCCGCGGACGGUACAUAUCCAAAUGCUAAGCAUUCUGAAGAUGUCGGUUAUGAUAUGGGUGGUUUAGUGACCAAUUCCAGAAGAGAUGCUGACUUUUCGUGCAAACGUGAUCUUCACUACAAGAAUAUCAAUUGUUUAUACCCUGGUGACUUAUUUCCAUUUCUUCGUAAACCUUUCUUCCUAAUUGUGGACAGUGAUAAUAGUUAUUCUUUCUGUCGCCUUCCGCGAUACUUUGGUCAACCAUUCCUGGUCAUCAUGUCCCCACAAGAAGCCCCAGCGCCAUUCCAUGAACAACAUCACAAAGGUUCAUUGUUUACUUUAUUCUUACACAGCCCAUUGGCCGCCAUUUGUUUCAUAUCGAACAUCAUUGAGAUUCCCCUUCAAUUGUGGGAAAAAGCACAGACGCACAUCAAUCGUUUCUAUUCGGAGGCAGGCCGAAUUCUGACUCGUUCCCGAAAUGUUGACCCGGUUUACAUUCAAUUCUAUGGCGAUGAUUUCCUCCGUUUAUUGAUUCUCAGAUAUAUUUUUUGUUAUGCUGUUAUUAAAAUGCAUCGUCUUUUCCGGGGACGUAAUUAUUUUCCAAAAUGUCAUCCGCCGUUACCUGAGAGUGAGCUAUAUGAACAUCCCAAUCUUCGUAGAGCUGUACUAGAUGUGGCGAAUACACUAGAUAUCAGAUCCAUGUUCGCGGACUUGGACGAGCCCGAAUGACAAACAAUCAAAUUUGCCCUCGCAUGAGACGCAAAAGAUGAAAUUUACGAAACCUUGACCCUGAAUCUCGUCUUAAUUAUCAACUCUUUUUCUAUUGUUUUUUUUAUCUCUAUCACGGUUACACAAAUUCACUUUGUUGCCUAUUUUUUCUGUUGAAUUUAUUAUUACAUCGUAUUAUCCAUACACCCGGAUGAUUAUUAUUCUUUUGUUUAUUUCUUGCCUUUCGAGAAACAAAUUCUAUCACAGAUCAAUUCAUUGCUUUAUAAUCGAGUGAUCCUUACGAUCCUCUUACAAAAUUGAUCCAAAAUACUUGAUUACUGCAAUUAAAUUAAUAUUAAAAUAUUGGAAUGAUUUGGAAAACAUUAAUUUACUUUGCGAAC